GCUCGCUCGCGUCAUUUGUUACAUAAUUUUAUUUGUUUUUUUACGCAGCUGUCAUCCAAGUAAGAAUAUCCUCCACCAUGGGUAAAGUAGCGACAGCAGAUGCGCUGCGUUUCAUGACGGAGUGCCUAAAAGCGGUAGGGACGGCAGCAAAGGCGGCGGAACAGCAAUCAGAGCUGCUGUUGCAGGCAGACCGGUUGGGACACCCUAGUCAUGGGAUGAAUAGACUUGAAUUCUACAUAAACGACAUCCUAAGCGGCGCCUGCAAGCCCAACAACCAGCCGAAGGUGGUGAAAGAGAAUGCUUCCACGGCGCUGGUGGACGCAGAAAACACUCUUGGAGCCGUCGCCAGCCACUUCGCGAUGGACAUCGCCAUGAAGAAGGCUAAGGAGACUGGGGUUGGUUGGGUUACUGUUAAAGGGUCCAACCACAACGGCAUGGCAGGGUUUUGGGCCAGCAAGGCGUCAGAUAAAGGACUCAUCGGCAUGGCUUUCACCAACACUUCGCCUUUACUUGCACCGACUAGAAGCAAAAAGGCUGCAUUAGGAACGAAUCCUCUUUCAGUUGUUGCUCCAGGGUCAAACGGGGAAACCCUAUAUGUCGAUAUGGCCACAACUGCAGUUGCUGUUGGAAAGAUUGAAAUUCAGCGUCGGAAAGGGGAGCCCAUUCCAAGCGGCUGGGCGCAGGGUCCAGAUGGCAAAGAAACUACUGACGCUAACUUGGCAUUCGAAACUGGCUGCUUGAUGCCUUUGGGAGGACAGGAGCAUACAUCUGGUUACAAAGGAUAUGGUUUAGCAGCUAUUGUUGAGCUAUUUUGUGGAAUCAGCUCAGGUUCAAAAUACGGGCACCACAUCCGCUCAUGGUCCCACAGUAGCGAUGGCGGCCCCGCUAACCUAGGACACUGCUUCGUGGCCGUCGACCCGGAAUGUUUUGCACCAGGUUUUGGAGACCGGCUCGCCGAGAGCAUGGACCACUGGAGACACUUAGAACCGGCGAAUCCCAAUCUGCCAGUCUUAGCCCCAGGAGACAAAGAAAAAGCUGCAGCUAAGGCGUGCGACGAGAGUGGAACCGUGUCCUAUGUUCAGCAGCAGUUAGCAGCCAGCGAAGCUCUGGCCAAAAAACUUAAAGUGACACCUAUGAAAGUGCUCUAACGAUACUUAGAAUGAAAGAUGAACCUUGAUAUUCGACUCGGCCUUUCUAUUAAUCGGAUAUAUCUUAAGAGCGAAAGAGAUAGGCGUAGGUAUAUACUUUUAUCGAGUUCCGGUUUUCAUGGUCAGCAAAGGAGCGAGGUACCUAAUCGGUUUUUGCCAUCGAUGGUUUUUGCUCGUGAUUUUGCCGCGUAAAACGCGCUACUCGUUUUUCACUGAUAUAUCUACAUUUAAAAAGUAGAAUAAGAGAAAUGCUAUUAGUUAGUAAGGUAAUUUUGUAAAAUACCUACUCCAACUUUUGUGGCAUUUAACAUUUAAUUGGACCAAUAAAAUAAUAUACUUGUAAU